UAAAUCUAUUACAAUUUGGUCUAGCUAGCUAUAUUUCACUUCUUUUUUUCUUGCUAUCUCGAAAUUAAACAUGGUUGAAUUUCAAGAAAUUAUAGAGCCUUUGAGCCCAAUGAGCGAUGUGGAAGAGAACCAAGAAUUAGAUGAUGAAGAAAUCAACUAUGAUGAUCUCAAACGGCGCAUGUGGAAGGACCGCAUGCGUAUAAAGAAGCUUAUAAAGACCAAGAAGGAAAUCAACACUUCCACUUGUAGCAAAGAUUUACUAGAGGAUGAUGAAGACGACGACUCACAAGCUAAGAAAGAACAAUCCCGCCGUAAAAAGAUGUCAAGAGCUCAAGAUUCAGUCCUCAAGUACAUGGUAAAAAUCAUGGAGAUUUGCAAAGGUCAAGGCUUCGUUUAUGGGAUCGUGCCAGAAAAAGGGAAGCCAGUAACCGGCUCAUCGGAUAGUUUAAGGGAGUGGUGGAAGGAGAAGGUGAGGUUUGAACAAAAUGCUCCAGCUGCCAUUGCUGCAUUCUUGCCUAAAUUAGUGGAAGAAAAUAUAUUGGAUCCUACUUCAUGCAUGCAUCUUCUUCAAGACUUGCAAGAUACUACUUUGGGCUCACUACUUUCUGCCCUAAUGCAACAUUGUAUACCUCCACAAAGGAGGUUUCCUUUGGAUACAGGGUUGGCCCCACCUUGGUGGCCAACAGGGAGGGAACUUUGGUGGGGUGAUCAAGGUUCUUCACAAGAAUUAGGUCCGCCACCUUACAAGAAGCCUCAUGAUUUGAAAAAGGCAUGGAAAGUAAGUGUUUUGGCUGCUAUUAUCAAGCAUAUGACUACUAAUAUGGAUAAGAUGAAAAGGUUGGUUAAACAAUCCAAGAGUUUGCAAAACAAGAUGACAGCUAAAGAAACAGCUACUUGGUCAAAAGUUGUUCAUCAAGAAGAAGUCCUUCUCGAGCUCACUGAAAAAGCUCUCAAGAUUUCAACAUCAAAGGAGGAGGAGGAGGAGGAGGAGGAAGAAGAAGAAAAUAAGGGAAAAGAAGAUGAAUAUCUUGCUUUAGUACCCAAAAUUGGUAAUCAUGUCAAUAUAUUUGAUGACUCUACUUUGAGGGGAAAGGAGAAAAGGAAAGGGGUGUUCGAGAGCGAUAUAGACAUGGAGGAGGAAAUUUAUGCUACCCAAAAUUCAAGUAAUUGCGCGCAAAGUGAUUUAGGGGUGGGAUUACCAUACAAGAAUUCAAGAAUUGACUCCGAGAAGGGGGAGGAUCAAUUACUUGAUCUGUCCAUCAACAACUUUCAUAGCUUGAUUGAAGUACAACCAAUUCCACACGAAGAGAUAAUGGUUGGUCAUGGCCAACAUGAUUGGGUGAACAUGGAGAUAAAAAGGAGCUUCGAUAGCUACAAUGCAUCACAAAAUGCUAAUGGAGGAUCAGUUGUGGAGAAUUUCGAAGGAUUUUGGGGAGGCAAUGUCCUUGAGCAACUUCAUUAUGAUCCCUCAACUUAUGGAAACAAGACUUUGAAUGCUACUCCACAAGAAGAUGUUGUUAUACAUCAUCAAGCUCCUAUUUCUGUUUGGGAUUUGGCAUAUGAGGAAAGCUCCAAUUAAAAUGAACCAUUACUGCUUUUUGUGUUUCUAUUUUUUUUUCUUUCGAACAUUUAGUAGAUUACUUAUAUUUCUUAUUUUAGACGCACUUU